GUGGGUUUCUCGGGGUUCCAGGCAGAGAGCUGAAGGGUGGGGCAGCGGAGCUCCGGGGACCAUCUUCCUCUCCGGCUCUGGUUGCCACGGAGCCGGGAGGCGGUUGCCAUGGAGACCAACCUGCUAGCACCAGCCAAUCAGGAUGCGCGGGGCCAGCUCACAUCUUGGAUGGAGGCAUCAAGCUGGGUGGGGAUGCUGACCCGGGCAGGUGGGGGCCACGAAGGGGGAAUGGGGGGGCGCGGGGGCGGGGGUGAGGAGGGGGCUGCGUCGUCUCACGCAAAGCGCCCCAGUUCCCAGAGCCUCCAGCCACCUCCUCCCCCGCACCCGGCGGUCUGGCGACACCUGCCUCUUCCUGACCCAGCUGAGGGGUGAUGCCACGCGGGCACCAGCCCGGCUUCAGCCAGCCGAGCCCCUCUCUGCCGGGAGGGCGGAAGACUCCGCGGAAAAGCCGGGCCUUCGCUCCGCCCGCCCGCGGGAGGAGGGCGCGCGGGGAGGGAGGGACCCGCAGUGCCCGGCGGCGCGGCACGCACACUCACUCAGGGCGGGGCGGUGCUGACGUCACCCACUGACCACCCCCCUCCCUCCCGGGCGAGGGGCGGUGGCCGAGGCGUGAGCUCCACGGGAGGGACUCACGGACAGACCGGACAGAAGGACUGCCCACGGCCAGGCCAUGCCCGGGGAGGCAGCCCGCGCAGAGCGACUGCUGCCGGAGGCAGGAGGCCCAGGGCCCCGCAAAGACCUGUCCUGUGACGCCACCGAGGCUGCCAGCCCGAGAGGGGACCGGCCGGUGCAAUGCGCCCUGACCCCCGGACCCAGCGCCCUGGCCCUCGAGUUCCUGCCCAGCAAGCCUGGCACCCGGCCCCCACCCGAGGGAGCCAGCUGGGAUGCAGGGCCUGGCCAGGCACCCUCACCCUGGGCGGUCCCCGAGGAGGGCGGCCCUAGCUCAGGGCCCCCCGAGGUCCAGCCCCCCGAAGGGCCUCUCCCAGCCGCCCUGGAGCCACGGAUCGUGAUGGGGGAGGAGACCUGCCGGGCACCCCUGCCAGCCCCCCGGGUGGCCCUGCCCCUGCCGUGGCCCAGGGACCUGGAGCAGCGGCCCCGGAGCCGGAGCCCACCCACCACGCUGUGUCCUCAGGGCGACCUCCCCGUGCCUUUCCCUGCCCCCGACCCCGACUCCUACUUCACGCCUCCCUCUACCCCCAGCGAGGCCCCCGCCCUGCUCCCAGGCCCCCUGCCCCGCCAGGACCGGGAGGGCCCCCAGGCUGAGCCUGAGGCCUCCGGGGACUCGCCACCCGCCUCGCCCUCCGGCUCCUACGUCACCGCGGACGGGGACAGCUGGGCCUCGUCCCCGUCCGGCUCCCUCAGCCUGCUAGCCCCCUUGGAGGGGCUGGACGCGGCCUCGGACUGGGGCUCCUCCCCGCCAGAGUCGGAGGCCCACGAGUGGGCGCUGCCCCCCGGGGGGUCCCCGGGGCCACCGUCCCCGGAGUCCAGCCUCUCCUCGGCCAGCAGCUCCUCCUGCGGCCAGGAGGCCCACUUCUUCGAGCUGGAUUUCCUGGCCGACGACCCGAUGGUCCCCGCCGCCCUCCUGCCGUUCCGGGGCAGCCUGAUCUUCCAGGUGGAGGCCGUGGAGGUGACGCCACUGCGCCCCGGGCAGGGGCCGGGGCGGGGCCCGGAGGCCGCAGCCCCUGGCGGGGACCAGGCCAGCGGGGACCAGGCCGGCGGGGACCAGGACGAGGACGCCAGCAGCUUCACGUCCUCCCUGCAGUCCCUGUCCGACCUCUCCAUCGCCGAGGGCGUGGACGAGGCCUUCGCCUUCCGGGACGACGCCUCAGCCGCCUCCUCCGACCCCGACUCCGCCUCCUACGCGGGGGCGGAGGACGAGCGGCUGUACAGCGGAGAGCCCCACGCACAGCCCGCCUCCCCGCCAGGCCCGGAGCUCCCCGGGGCGGCUCAGCCCCAGCGGCAGGGAGCGGGGGCCGCCUCAGGCCCUGAGCCCAGCCCCGAGCACUGGGCCCUGCGAGGGGAGGCGGGCUGGACACCUGGCCCGGGGGCUCUGCGGGACCCGGAGGAGGACUCGGGCCAGGAGCCCCCACCCGAAGGGGCAGGCCACACCCCACCUGAGGACGCGGUCCCCACAGCCACGUGCCCGCCCCGCUGGGAUGCGGCCAGCCCUCACGCCCUGCAGAUGGACACAGGCUGCAGCUCCGGGGCCCAGCCCCCGGCCACCAGGGCCCAGCAGGGGGCAGGCAGCACCUGUGGCCUGAAGCCAGACCUCGGGAAGGACACGGGCUGCACGGGGGACCCAGGGCCCCGGGCCUUGGGCCAGACCCGACAGGGUUGUCCAGAGCCAGCUGCAGACGCCGGGAUGUGCUGGGCCCCACGUGGAGAGGUGUGCUCCCCCGAGACUGCCACGGAGGCCCCAGGCUCCCCUGAACUUGCUUCAAAGGCCCAGGACACCCCUGAACUGACCUUGAAAGCUCUGGACACCCCUGAACUGACCUCAGAGGCCCAGGACACCCCUGAACUCACCUUGAAAGCUCUGGACACCCCUGAACUGACCUCAGAGGCCCAGGACACCCCUGAACUCACCUUGAAAGCUCUGGACACCCCUGAACUGACCUCAGAGGCCCAGGACACCCCUGAACUCCUCCUCUUGAAGGCCCAGGACACCCCUGAACUCCCUUUAAAGGCCCAGGACACCCCUGAACUUGCCAAGGAGGCCCUGGACACCCCUGAGCCUGCUGCAAAUAUCCAGGACCCCUCACAUCCCCCCAUGGAGACCCUUGACACCCCAGACUCCCCCAGCCCUACCAUGGAGGUUCUGGAUACUUCUGAGCCCUCCACAAAGACCCCAGACCUCCCCAAUCCCACCUUGGAGAUCCCAGACACCGCCGAGCCUGCUGUGGAGAUGCAAGCCCCCCCACAGUGCCCUAUGGAGGUCCUGGACCACCCGGACCUCCACAAGGAGGACUCAGGCUGCCCCAAGGUCACCUUGGAGACCCCAGAACCUUCACAUCUCCCCACAGAACCCGUGGACUCCCCCAAAGAGACCCUGGCUUCCCCUGGCCCUCCCUCCAGGGGGACCGAAGUAGCUGAAGGUCUGCUGGCCCCCCGAGGAGAAGCCCCUCACGGGGCCCCCCUGCCUGUCGGUGAGGGGGCUGAGCCCCACUCACCCUCACAGGAGGCCCCAGGAGCGGAGGAAUGGGGGGCCGGCAGCCUCAGGCUGCCCUCCGGGGGCCCUGGGCAGGCUCCUGGAAGCAGCGGCCCCCAGGUUGGUGUGGUGCACGCCAAGAGCCACACAGGGAAUGGAGGGGUCACGCCGGGGCCUGGGCUGCAGCCGGCAGUGGCCUCAGAGUGUCCACCAGGGGCUGCGCCCAGGCUGGGCGGAGGGUGCCCCGAAGAGCCUGUGCCCACGUCUGCACCACAGCCCCCAUGGCCGGAGCUGAGCCCGGGCAGGGACGAGCAGGCCCGGGCAGCCCCUGGAGCCCCCGGCCCCUCCCCACCGCAGCCGCAGGGCAGGCUCUGGAGCCCUGGGCCCUCCACGCCCGGCGCACUCACGGGGGCGGCCCCUCCCCCAGCAAUACCCUCCGUCCCCUGCCCUUGCCUGGGUCCCCGAGAGGGCUCGGGUGAGGACCAGGAGCCCCCCAGCUCUCCAGACCUCCUGCCACUCCAGGCGGGAGCCCCUCGGGCAGUGGCCACCUCCUCAGGAACCAGGAAGCCCCCCGGGGCUGGGCCACGGGUCAGCCUCCCACCCCACACCCCCCUCCUCAGCCCCUCAGCGGCCCCCUCGGGGGGCACCCAUACCAAAGACCUGGCCUCGUGGAUCCCACCCCCCUGCCAAGUGCCUCCUGGCUCUGGGCCCUGGAGCCCGGCCAGCCCUCAAGGGUCCCUGGCCACGGAGCAGCAGGAUGACCAGGACAGUCUGGAGGAAGAGUCGCCCCGGGCCCCAGGCCAGCCCUCGGACAGCCACAGGGACUCAUCCGUGGAGCUGGAGGAGCAGGAGCCCCCAGGACCUCAGGCCGUGCAGGGCUUGGCCCAGGCCCCGGCCAGCGGCAGUGAGGACACGUCGGCCAAAGCCAAGCAGAGCCGCAGCGAGAAGAAAGCCAGGAAGGCCAUGUCCAAGCUGGGCUUGCGGCAGAUCCAGGGCGUCACCAGGAUCACCAUCCAGAAGUCCAAGAACAUCCUCUUUGUCAUCGCCAAGCCCGACGUCUUCAAGAGCCCGGCCUCGGACACCUACGUGGUCUUUGGGGAGGCCAAGAUCGAGGACCUGUCCCAGCAAGUGCACCGAGCCGCCGCUGAGAAGUUCAAGGUGCCCACGGAGCCCUCCGCCCUGGUCCCCGAGUCAGUGCCAGGGCCACGGGUGAGGCCGGAGUGUGAGGAGGAGGAGGAGGGCGAGGAGGAGGAGGUGGACGAGGCAGGCCUGGAGCUGCGGGACAUUGAGCUGGUGAUGGCCCAGGCCAACGUGUCCCGGGCCAAGGCCGUGCGGGCCCUGCGGGACAACCAGAGCGACAUCGUCAACGCCAUCAUGGAGCUGACCAUGUAGCCACGGGCCAGUGCGCUGCCCCACCCCGACCCCAGCUCUGCCGCCCAGUGGAUGGGGGUUCCCUUCGCCUCUGCUCCUGCUGCAACUGCUCCCUAAGUGUGGCCUCUCGUUCAGCGGGGCCGUGGGAGCCACGUGACACCCAAGGACGGCAGUCCUCCCCUCGUGUCCCACGGGGGUCCUCCUAAGGUGACCCACUCCCACGCUCCGGGGGUGCCCAGCUUGCGUGGGCGGGGACUGCAGGAAGACCAGUCACCUGGCGGCGGCCCAGCUGUGGGCCCCAGGACUGGCUCCAGGAGAGCUCCCCCGGCCCCGGACGCACAGGGUGGUCUCACAGGCACCAGCUGCGGAGGCUGCAGGGAGGCAGCCUUGCUUGGGGCCAGCGGUUCAGGGGCCCAGCUGUAGGGGGUCCCGCCCUCCUCACACCUCCCUUCCCGCAAUCCCAAGGACCUGCAGAAUGGGGUUCACGUGGUUCUAGGACCAGGUGACCAGGGUCCCAGGAUAGCACGGUGGGGGGACCUGCAGAGCAGGAAGCCACAAGGGCGUGGGGCCCCCAGAGGGGAGGGGGGGGGCUCCCUGUGCGGGGUGCCUGCCCUCCCCAGGGCCUCCUGCUCACACGCCAGGGUUUGUGGCGAACAGGCACCUUCGCAGGGAGGGGGUGUCCUGGCCCCCUGAACAUGUCCCCACAGGCUGCAGGCUCUGCUCCGGGGCUGCCCCACUGCCUCCCCGAGUCUGAAGGGCACAGGAGGAGCAACCGAGACCACAGGGACCCCCGCCAGCCUCCCUGAAGACCAGGCCCCCAGGCCCGUGACGACACACUCAGGGUGGGACGGCGCUUCUGGUGGGGCAUGCCAG